UUUUUUUUUUGAGACAGGGUCUCUGUGUAGUCCUGGCUUUCCUACGGCAACCACACUUACACACUUGGGGGUUUUUGUUGACUUUAAUGUUAACUAUGAAACUAAAAAUUUACAAGAAUCAGGCAUUUCUGUGCCAGAUUUUAAUUUCUAAAAUCUUGUCUAGUCUAAGAUUGGCAAACAUUAGCUAGUCUUAUAUUGUCAAGUAUAGUACUAUUAAGAGUUUUCGUCAGGUGUGGUGGCACACACCUCAUCUCAGCACUUAGGAGGCUGAGGCAGGCCGAUCUGUGAGAGUUUGAGGCCAGCCUGGUCUACAUAGAGAGUUCCAGUAUAGCCAGAGCUACUUAGAUCCUGUCUCAAAACAAAAACUAGUUUUUAGACAGGCGUGGUAGUACCUAUAAUUACAGUAUUUAGAGGCUGAGGCAGGAGGAUUAUGAGUUUAUAACUAGGGUGAACCAGGCUAUAAAGCAAGACCUGGUCUCACACUAACAAAAGUUUUUACCUUGUGUCUAUCGACUGGAACCGUAAAAGGCAUGGAUGGUGGAGAUCGUAAAACUAACCAUUGCCAGGCUCAGUAUUUGGCAGACCUUUCAAGUGCCUUUGGGACAUUAUUUUAAAUCCACUGUAUUAAGUUACAAAUCUCUGUACAUUAAAAAUGAAAGUGACUGAAGGUGCCUCAGAGGUUAAGAGCAUAUACUGUCGAGAGCAUGUGCCUGACUUGGAUUCCUAGCACCCACAUCAGGUGGCUCAGAGGUCCAUAGAACUCUAACUACCAGGGGGGCCUUAUACCUCUCCAGGUACCUGCACUUGUGCAUAGACCCUCACACACACACACAUGCACACGCACAUAGUUUAAAAAAUGAAAGAGAAGUAAUAUUGUCUCAUUCUGUAGAGGUUUGGAAUCACAUCAGAUAUCCAAACUUUUGUUUUGGAACUGGGGAGGUGGGCAAGAGUGUUGGCAGUCAAUGAAGAGUUGGUUCUUGGUUGGGUAUAGGGACAUUAACAACUGGUUACUGGCUCAAGAAAAGGGGAACAAAUACAGUUAGACAUGAGUAUAGAAAUUAAACCAGAUUUUUUUCUCUUAAGGAAAUGCAGCUGUCGAUAUUGACUCCAGAAGAGAGAAGGUUAACAAUGGAAGACGUUGGGAAGGAGACUAGAAAGGUGUCGUCAUCAGGCUCGGUCGAUGUCACAGAAGUCUUGGCAUCCCGAAAUAUGCAGCUUGUUCCCUCGGGCCCUUAGUUAUCCUCGGCAUUGAUACGCACACUGUUCUGGACUUGUUCGCGUGGCAGACUCACUACUAGUCCAUGGCUUUAUUGUCUUGGAGGAUUCAGUGCCUAGCAGGAGACCAGAGUUCACAGGUUAAAGUGUUUCCCCAGAGAAGAAAGACCGUAAGACCAUGAUGGGCUCAGAAGCGCAUGAUAAGAGGCCCCCAAUGUUGACCUCUGCGAACCAGGAUCUGUCUCCUCCUCACAUUGCAGACGUGGGUGAGAUAAAGCAUUACUUCUGUGGCUGCUGCGCAGCCUUCAACAAUGUGGCCAUCACGUACCCCGUUCAGAAGAUCCUCUUUCGGCAGCAGCUGUACGGCCUCAAAACCCGGGAUGCCAUACUCCAGCUGCGGAGGGAUGGGUUUCGAAACUUGUACCGUGGGAUCCUCCCCCCACUGAUGCAGAAGACAGCCACGCUGGCGCUUAUGUUUGGUCUGUACGAGGACCUGUCACGCCUGCUCCGCAAGCGUGUGAGCGGUGCUCCCGAGUUUGCCACCAGCAGUGUGGCGGCGCUGCUUGCCGGAACAACAGAAGCCAUUCUCACUCCGUUCGAAAGGGUUCAGACUCUGCUUCAGGACCACAAGCAUCACGAUAAGUUCACAAACACUUACCAGGCCUUCCGGGCCCUGAGAUGCCACGGAAUCACAGAGUAUUACCGAGGCUUUGUGCCUAUCCUUUUCCGAAAUGGAUUCAGCAAUAUCCUUUUUUUUGGCCUUCGAGGGCCCAUUAAGGAGCAUCUGCCUACUGCCACCACGAAUAGUGCACAUUUGGUUAACGACUUUAUCUGUGGAGGUGUGCUGGGUGCCAUGCUGGGGUUCUUGAGCUUCCCAAUUAAUGUUGUGAAGGCUCGGAUCCAGUCUCAGAUUGGUGGGCCGUUCCAGUCGUUCCCCAUGGUUUUCAAGACCAUCUGGCUCGAGCGGGACAGGAAGCUGAUCAAUCUCUUCAGAGGCGCCCAUCUGAAUUACCAUCGCUCUCUCAUCUCCUGGGGAAUAAUCAAUGCAACCUACGAGUUUUUGUUAAAGAUUGUGUGAUAAGGUCACUACAGGAAAUGUUAUUCUCCACCAACUAGACCUAAAGAGAGUGCAAUUUGUCUUUGUUCCUAAUUGUCUUAAAUACCGGUUGGUGAAGUCCAGGCCAUUGACAAAGCACUGACAAAAACAUAAAAGGUUUCAGUGGGCAGGUGUCAGGGUUUUGGUUUGAUCAUUACUCAAGAGCUUUAGGCUGUUACCUGGUAACCAGCCGCGUGUCUGACGACCUUUUCAGGGCAGCUGUCAGCCAAGAUAGAUUCCUUUUCCUCCCGGAAGCAAGCGUUGCUAGACCUUCAGUAUGGAAACGGUGGCAUCAGCAGCCAGAGCGUGCGCUCAGUCCUAGGACUUCUCAGGCUCACUUCUCACCUCCUUCAUUGCUUCUCCGCCCUCGGGGGGGUCAUCUUCACUAAACCCCAGCAUUGCACGGUGGGCGAGCAUCUUAGCUGUUUAGUUCCAUGAUGAAUUGUCGGAGUUAGCUUUGAGACUUAGUGCUGUUGAGAUAGCCAUUAUCCAUACUUUUUAUUUAGAUUUGGUAGGAGUGCGCAGCUAAUGAAAGCUUCCAUUUCACUGUUUAGCUUUGAACAUUUUCUGUUUAAUUCAGAAUGUGACUUUUAAGCCCUUCUAGAAUGUUCCUUUUUUUUUUUUUUUUUCUGAAUUCAUUGCCAAAAGAUAGGGUGACCAGUGGGGACAUUGUCCCUGUGAGUAGUCCUGUCAUGUUCGUCUGUCCUGUUCUCUGGUACUAGACUUUAAAAAUAAACACUUCCAUAAAGUUUUA